GAUAGAUAGCAGAUGUUACUUCCUGUGAGGGAAGUCCGUACAUCCUCUGUUUUUCCCUUAUCCGCUAAAAAUCUCGCUCAGAUGGGAACUAUCUACCCCUCUUCGAUUCCCUUUUCAUCCGUUCACAUGAACGAAUUUCAAACAGAUGAUUGGUCGAAAAUCUUGAGAUAUAAGGGAAAUUAGUUCAGCGACGGAGUUCAGGAAGCGUCCAAACUCCAUACAUUUUUCCUCCUGAUGACCAACGCCCUCAGUCGAGACACUUAGAAAAAGUCCAGAGUCUGCACUUAGGAAAUAUAUUUUGAUUUUGUGCACGAUUGAUCUCCCAUGUUAAGAUGUAAAUGAACAUUAUCUACAAAGUGUCCCUUCCCUACACUAGAAGAAGACGAACGACAACUAAAACAGAAUGGAUAAUUUCAAAGCGUUGAAAAAGUGGAAUACCUCUGGAAGAGACAGUCCAGAAGAAAGCACCUCGACAUCGGAAUCGGCUUCCUCUUCAAUUCGAGUGAUUCGCUUCCCUCCGAAAGAAGUGGUGGAGGGUGCAGAGGAGAAAUCUGGUGAACCCGACAAGAAACGGGCGAUUGUCACCAUUCCCGAUGAGAGCACCUCGUCUGUCAUCGAUUACCUGGAACAGAGAUACCCAGAAGUUCCGGAAUGGUUGGUGCAGAGACAGGCACGCGAGGAAGGAAUGGAAGAGGAGUGUAAAUCGAUUCUGAAAAAGCCUAAAAAGAAGCCUUGGUGGAAGAAGCUAUUCUUCUUCUGGAAGAAAUAAAUUAGCAAGGUCUUCUCACCGGAUGUGACUUUUCCUCCCCCGAAUGUGACUUCUUUUUUUACCCGGAUUUGGAUGUGAAAUGUGCAGCGCGGACGGGGAAAAUACAUUCACGUUUUUACCAAUUAAACGAGUUUAAUUUCGCGCUGACAUUGAAAGAUACAUAUAUACAAAAAAGGUUCGGAUUCCUGCAGUUUACCUACAAACGUUUCCAAAUUCCGAGUGAACAGGUAUACCAAUAGACCGGUAGUUACUUUUCCGAUAACUACCUCCCGACAAAUCUAUUUGCGCGCGUAAACUUAAACUAACUUAAACUAAAAGAUAGGAAAGG